GUUUCAGUGUGAUUUCCACUCGCCGUCUCUUUCCGCGUUGCUCACGUAUUAGCAUUGAGCGGCUAGCUGCUCUCCGGGAAAGUUGCCCACUUCAUCGGCUUAUUCGGCUCUGACUCCCCACUUGGACCACAACACCUAAACCGAGAGGAGGAGACAAACUUUCAAGGUGGUCGGAUCUGGAUCAAGGUUGUUAAACAGUUAAUGCACAAGAUAAAGAGGCUGAAAACCGACGACAAAACAGAAGACGGCCAGGAAAGCAUCAGAGACUCACUGGCAGGCAUGACGGGAGUGGAUGAGCUCUCAGACAGCACAGAGGUGGUGGAGAUGGAGGACGUGAAUCCCACCCAGUUCCAGGUGGAGAAACACUCCUGGGACGGCCUGCGGAAGAUCAUCCACAGCAGCCGCAAAAACACCGGAAUGGUCAUCAACAAGGCGCCGCACGACUUCCAGUUCGUCCAGAAGGACGAGGCCAGUCCGCACUCCCAUCGCAUCUACUACCUCGGAAUGCCUUACGCCAGCCGAGAAAAUGCUUUGCUCUACUCCGACAUUCCCAAGAAGGUCCGCAAAGACGCGCUGCUCGUUUUGUCAUGGAAAUCGAUGCUGGACCAUUUUCAGGCCAGUCCUCACCACGGGGGCUUCUCUCGGGAGGAGGAACUGCUGCGAGAGAGAAAACGUUUGGGGGUGUCUGGCAUCACCGCCUAUGACUACCACCAACCCAGCGGGCUUUUCCUGUUCCAGGCCAACAGCAGCCUGUACUACUGUCGGGACGGCGCCAGCAACUCUUUCAUCACUUCUCCGAUGAACCCCAUAGAGAUCAAGAGCCAGAAUUCAGGCACACGUAUGGACCCCAAAAUCUGCCCUGGGGACCCCAACUUCAUCGGUUUCAUCAACAACAACGACAUUUGGGUGACAAACACAGAGACCGGAGAAGAGAGGAGACUCACAUUCUGCCAUAAAGGUAUUAAUAACCCUAAAGACGAUCCUAAAUCAGCCGGGGUCGCCACGUUUGUCACUCAGGAAGAGUUUGAUCGCUUCACUGGUUACUGGUGGUCUCCAGCCGCACGCGAAGAGCCUGAUGGCGGUAAAACUCUGCAGAUUCUGUAUGAGGAGGUGGACGAGUCGAAGGUGGAGAUCAUCCAUGUUCCAUCUCCGGCUCUGGAGGAGCGGAAAACCGACGUCUACAGAUACCCACGCGCAGGCAGUAACAAUCCUGAAAUCACUUUGAAGCUUGCUGAAAUCAGGGCAGACAGCGUUGGAAAGAUCGUCAGCACGCAGGAGAAAGUGUUGCCUGUUCCUUUUAGCUGCCUGUUUCCCAACGUCGAGUACAUCACCAGAGCCGGAUGGACAAAAGACGGCCUAUACGCGUGGGCGGUCAUGAUGGACCGACGGCAGCAGAACCUUCAGCUGGUCCUGCUUCCUCCGGCGCUUUUCGUCCCGGCUCACCAGGACGAAGCGAAACGACAGGAGAGCCUGGAGGCUCUGGGCGACUCGGUCCAUCCCUUCAUCAUCUACAGAGAAACCAGCGACAUCUGGAUCAAUGUGCACGACAUCUUCCAUCCUUUCCUCCAAACGUCUGAUGACGAGUUCACCUUCAUCACAGUAAACGAGUCUAAAACGGGCUUCUGCCACCUGUAUAAGAUCACCGCAGCGUUACAGCGGGGCAAAUUCGACUGGGCCAAAGGAUACACUCACUCUGCAGAUGAUUUUAAGUGUCCAGUUAAAGAGGAGGUGACGGUGACCAGUGGGGAGUGGGAGGUGCUGGCCAAUCAUGGAGCAAAGCGGUCUUGCAGCCCUCAGAUUUGGGUUGACGAGGCGGCGAAGCUGGUUUACUUCCAGGGUACCAAAGACUCUCCUCUGGAGCAUCACCUGUACGUGGUGAGCUACGAGACGCCGGGUGAAAUCGUCAGACUCACCAAACCCGGAUUCUCCCACAGCUGCUCAGUGAGCCAGACCUUUGAUAUGUUUAUUAGCCACUACAGCAGUUUGACCACCGCUCCCUGUGUUCACAUCUAUAAGCUGGCCGGGGACGGCGACCCGCUGCACAAAGAACCUCAGUUCUGGGCCAGCAUGAUGGAGUCUUCUGCGUUCCACUUUGAUGCUCCGCCUCCAGAAAUCUUUAGCUUCACUGGGAAGUCGGGCUUUGAGCUCUACGGCAUGUUGUACAAACCAAACAACCUGGUGCCUGGAAGGAAGCAUCCCACUGUUGUUUUUGUCUACGGUGGCCCUCAGGUGCAGCUGGUGAAUAACUCCUAUAAAGGAGUGAAGUACCUGCGGCUAAGUACGCUAGCUUGCCUGGGUUACGUGGUGCUGGUCAUCGACGGGCGGGGAUCCUGCCAGCGAGGACUCAAGUUUGAAGGAGCUGUGAAGGAUAAAAUGGGUCUGGUGGAGAUUGACGACCAGGUGGAGGGUUUGCACUAUAUUGCUGACAAGUACAAGUUUGUGGACCUGAGCCGCGUCGCCAUCCACGGCUGGUCGUACGGAGGAUUUCUCUCCCUCAUGGGCCUCAUCCACAGACCGGACAUAUUUAAGGUCGCCGUCGCCGGAGCGCCGGUGACUCUGUGGAUGGCGUAUGACACCGGCUACACGGAGCGAUAUCUGGACACGCCGGAAAAAAACCAGAAGGGAUAUGAAGCUUGCUCCGUCGCUCUGCAUGUUGACAAACUUCCCAACGAGCCGAACCGACUGCUGAUCCUUCACGGGUUUCUAGACGAGAAUGUUCACUUCUUCCACACUAACUUCCUGGUGUCUCAGCUCAUCCGAGCAGGAAAGCCGUACAGCCUUCAGAUUUAUCCCAACGAGCGCCACAGCAUCAGGUGUCCGGAGUCCGGGGAGCAUUAUGAGAUCAGCCUGCUGCACUUCCUCCAGCAGAACCUCUGAUAAGCCUCUCCACACGCCUUCCUCACCUUCCCUUCCUUCCUGCCUCUCUUUUCUCAGCAUUUAUCCAAACCUGCUUCUCCACUUUACUUGACUUUAUGAUCAGCUGAAUGCAAUCUACUCCGAACUUCAUCAUGCCUGCAGAGCCGUUCACCAGUCUUACAGUCGCAGCAGCAUUUUCAGCAUCAAAAUGUUGCUGGAAUAUCAGAUGUUUGGUUGCCUUUCACGUAUAAUUCAGGAGUAAAGCGAACGGCUGUGUUAAUCUCUGCCGCCAGCAGAGGUCGCCGUUCACCCGGAUCAUGAAACGAUAAAGACUUUUUAUUUUCUUUGUGUUGAAAUCCAGCAACAGGAGCAAGUUUUGAUGUUUAAAAUGCUGCCUUAUGUAACAGAAUACACAUGUGGACCAUUUACAACAAUGUUUUGAUUUGUUGGGGUUUUUUAGUGCCAUUUAAUUUUAUAUUUUGAAAUAUAAAAUUAAAUGCAACUCAUUUCUGUGAAUCAAAGCUCACUUUUCUGUCUCUGAAUACAAACUGGUGUGAUUUCAGCACCCCUGUUGCACACUUGAUCGUGUUUUGCUAUGAGAUUUGUGUCUUAUGCCUGUCACAGGUUGUUUUUUUAUGCAGUUAUUCCAGAAAAAUUAUAUAAAUUCCACAUUUUUAUUAGGUUGUACUAUUUAAAAAAAAAAUCUUCUAGAAAUGUUGGGAGUUAUCUGGGACCUGUUCUUGAUCGCUUGCUUUAACUUCCUGAAGAGCUUUCCUUUCUCCUGCUGCUGAGGACUUUUUGCACAGUACAUUAUAUUUACCUUUGUGCCAAGAAGCUGACCUGAACGAUGAUGUUUGAGACAACUGAGGUGCCUUGCAGAGUUUAGGAGCACCUGCUCACAUUGAAAACAAAUCAGGGAAUCAGUCAGAAGACUCAACGCCUUGUUAUCAUCUGCUGAACUUAAAUGUUAUAAAUGUACUCUCAGUUAUUGAAGAAAUAAACUGAAGCGAACAAUCUCCCCCUCUA